AUGCUGCUGUUUGCAUCCGUGCUCAAGCCUAGACUCUAUCUAUUGUCAAUGGAGGCUGGUCCUAGAGGAGCUGCGGCAUGGGCACGACGCAGGGUCGUCGAGCUCGAGCCGUUGCUCCCUCCUCGUGCCCUCUUGGACAUGUCGAGCCCAGAUGUGUGGACGGUUGGUUUUGCUGAAGGAGUUAGGGUAAUCUUCCUCAGAACUCCGGCUGGGUUGUACGCAGUUGAGCUUAAUUCAGGCCGAGCCAACAAGAUGGGUGAAUUUAGCAUUGAAAAGGUCAUGCCCUACACGAGGUUCUGCAUUGGAGCAUGGGGCCGGUUGCCGGCCUCCGAUGAAGCGCGACACGCAGUUGCUGGUGUUACGUUGAUGUAA